GAAAAAAAUUACUGUAUGUCGUCGGUCGGUGAUUGCGCAUUCUCUCUGUGUGUGUUUUUCCCCCCAUCCAACGAGUGUAAAGAAAUUUUUGGAACAAUUUAUAGCCGAAACGCGUUGUAAUUUUGCGUGGAGAAUCUGUGGAAAUGCGCCCGGCGUGUUCUGUGCAAUAUAUUUAAUUAAAAACGUGUAAAACCAGUUUAUUAAAGAUCGUAACAAGAUCGUGAAUCGGAGUAAUAUUCAUAGUGUAUAGUGGUGAUAUUUGUGUGUGUAGUGACGCCCGCCCCUCCACAUAUCAAUAAACAGAAACUGGAAGAUCUCUCCAGCCGCUGCUCCCAUCAUCUGAAGACAGCGACGUCGACGUUGACGCCGACGCCCACGACACCUCUGAGAGAAGAAUGAUGCCAAGGCAGAGGACCAGCACGCUGACGGCGACGUACUCGCUGCGUUGCAACGGUAAAUGCCUGAUGCUCUCAGCACUGCUGAUGAGCCUUCUAGUGGCCGCCACCCAUGCCGUAGAUCAGAAAUCUAUAAAAGCAUCGGCGGCAGAGCCAUCCACUCUGUCAGGAGGCGCAGCAUCCCCGGCGGCUUCGGGUCCCAGAGAUGCAAUCUAUAUCGACGAUGAUAGCAUUGAGGGCUCUGGCGGACGUGGAGGGAUACACGACGAUCUAGAGAAGGAUCCGGACUAUUCGGGCUCUGGCUUUGGACCGGAUGACGAGGACGCCGAGCCGGACCAUCACUCGCAGCACGGUUCGCACAACACGCGCAUCUCGCAGAGCGGCGGCUCCAGCAUAAACACAGCUCAUACACCAACACAAACCUCAUCCACAACCUCGACAACAACAACAACAACAACAAGCAGUUCACCAACAACGACAACCACCACCACCACCGGCAGCAGCAGCACUACGACAACAGCGGCCACAACCCCUUCAACCACAGCCGCCUCCAAUCGCACCCAAACCACGCCCACGCCCACGCCCAAGCCCAUUGUACCCGAAUCCACCGCAGCGAGCCGUCCCUUGCCUCCCUUCCCCGCCUUCGAUGAGGAUCUCGAUGUGGAUGUGGAGGCCAGCGGCGAUGGCAUCGAUGUGGAAGGCGGCGGCGAGGAUGACGACGAGGGCGAUGAUGAGGACGACAUCAUCAUUGAUCAUCCCGAUUCCGAGAAGCCAAGGCUUGCAGAGCCCGUUCCCAAUGGUGAAAUCGAUCAUGAUCAUGAUAGCGAUAACGAUAACGAUAACGAUGAUGGUGAAGGCGAUACCGAUGACACGGACGAUGAUGAUCGCAUCAUCGAUGUGGAUGGCGGCGAUGAGGAUGGAAAUGGAAACGGAAUCGGUGGCAACGAUGGAGACCUCAACACAGAGCGCGGACCGGGAGGCGGCAGCAACGUGCACGAGUUGGACCCGAAUACGAACGUGAACAGCCAGCCCUCCGACACGAAGCCCGUCGACCACAGGCCCAACGGCAACGAGGUGGUCAUCAUGAGCGAGGACGAUCGCACGUCGAGCUUCUUCUCGCAGCCGGGAAUACUGGCGGCUGUCAUUGGCGGUGCCGUGGUUGGCCUGCUCUGCGCCAUUCUCGUGGUGAUGUUCAUCGUAUACCGCAUGCGGAAAAAGGACGAAGGCUCCUAUGCCCUGGACGAGCCGAAACGCUCGCCGGCUAACAAUUCCUAUGCGAAAAAUGCGAACAAUCGCGAGUUCUACGCCUGAGAUAAUGGCACAUCGCGCAGGUAUUAAAUGAGCCGCGAGUGAGGAUCCACCCGGAUGGAGAUCCAUCUGGAACGGGAUCUGGAUCUGAACGGAGGGAAGAUGACGGCUCAUCUCGGUACACUGUGCGGAGUGCGAAUUGCGGACGGAGCAGCGCCAUCAGCAGCCAUCUGCCACAAUGAAUAAUCAUCUGCAACAGCAACAGCAACAGAAACAGCAAAAGCAACAAAACUAACACAAAUUCAAUGGAAAUCGAAGGCAUCGUUGGGUCACACACAACUUUUCGUUGAGGGGUAAACGCAAAAAAAAAAUGCAUAAAUUCGAGAGGAAAAUAAAUUCAGAACUUACCUGUAAGCUAAUGCCGGACGGAUAACGGAAGAGGGCGACUUUUCUAAUUAAGUACAUUUUAAGCGACGAAAACAAAAGGAACCCAAUAUCAAAUAUGAAUGGAAACGCACGCAAAUCGUGCGAAGUCUAAUAUAUAAUUAAUAUAUAUUAUAUGCAUAGUGAAACCAAUAUAAGGGAGGGAAAAAUUAAGCGAAUUAAUUAUGAAUUACGAUUAUGUAGAGCAAAGGCCGGAGACGAGCGAGAUAUAAUACCUAUUAUACCACACCACACGACACACGACACAGGCGCAUCCGACUUCAUGGAUGGACAGAUACAGACAUACACAUUUAUGAAUAUACGAGUAUAUGUUAGCUGAAUAAUGGAAGCGAAUUGGAUAUAUCACGAUAUAGUAUACCCAAACUCGAAAGAGCAGAGCCGAUGUUCGUUUGCGCCAUCGAUUCACACCACGAAAAACAGAAUGAAAUAUAAUCCGUUGGGAAUAAUUAUACAAAUUGCGAAUUGGACGGCAUGAAAAAAUGUUUUUAAGUUAUACAUAAGCAAAACUAUGUAAUUAUUAGUGUAAUUCCUAAAAAAAAAAACGAAAAACAGAACACAAAAGGAAAAAUGCAAAAAAAAAAAAACUAAAAUAGAAAAACGAAAAAAACUAAAUGAAGCAACAAACAGAAUACGAACACUCUCUGAACCUUCCUGGCAACUAUAGAAACUGAAAAGUAAAGAAAUCCAGAGAACUAUUUCUACUUUUUUCUAGAAAACACACAAAAACAUGAAUAUUUAUUGAAAUUGAGAAUGAAAUUGAGACCAUUAUAUGUCUAGAAAGCGAUUGCACAUUAAUUUAGAACUCCAUAUGGGUUUGAGAGCUAUUCGGCCAGUUCUUCGCUCGACUCCACUGCUUCUUCCAUGGCUAAGAAUCAAAAUCGGAUUACGCAUUGAUUAUUGUGCAUUUAUUUAGUUUUUACGUUCGCUGUCAAUGACAAUUUUUUAGUUGUGCGAAGUACGAAACACAACGCAAGCCAAGCCAAUCCAAUCCAAUCCAAUAUCCCACGCAAUAGUAAAAAUUACUUGUUAAGUUUACAAUUGAAAUGAAACGCAAUCCAGAAGGAAAUGUUAACGACUCAGCCCUCAAAUUAGCUGCAAUACUUGUUUAAUUGUUAGUCAACCCAUAUUCUCUUCAGCUCUCAUGCCAUAUUUUCAUUGCGAAAAGAAGUUAUAAGAACGAAAAAUACUAAUACAUAAUACAUAUAUAUAUAUACAAGUAUAUAUAAUUAGCAACAUAAAUCAAUUGUGUGUGUGUGUAAUUGUGUGUAAUGCAUAAAUAAUUAAUUAAACAUAAACAUACAUACUACUACUGCGACAACAGAGCGUGCACCAAAGGGGGAGGGGAGCUCUCGAAGAACAACAUCAUACAGCAUACAGCAUACAGCAUGCACGUGCAUUUGUAUUUGUAUGUACUCGUACUUCCCCCAAAACCUAAGCCCAACUGAAACUCACACAAAAAAGGAGAACAACAGCCACAGACACAGCCACAGGAACAGCAGCAACAACAGCGACAACAAGAACUAAACCUUUUUCUGACCACAACUUUUUCUACACUGUAUAAAACGCAACUGCAACUCUUUUGAUAUGUACAAGUACUAUGUUUGUCCUUCUCGACCCAUAGUACCUUUUUGUCAAAUUUUACAUCAAGUUUUUUUGCUACUUUAUAAGCGUUUAGUUUGUUAGUUUUUUAAAUGCGCUGAAUGUACUGAGAAAUUGGUUUUGAUUUGCUAAAUAAACUGGUAUAAAACUAAUUUAAACAAAA